AUGGCCGAAGUAAUCGGGAUCGUCUCAGGAGCCAUCACUUUUGCAUCUGUCGUUGCACAAAUCUCCAAAUCUAUCAUCCAAAUCAAAGACUGCUGGGGCCAGAUACACGAUGCGCCCGAGGAAAUGCGAAAACUCAUCGCUGAGCUCGAGAUUUACGACCUUAUCUUGCAGGAAAUCAAACAGAACCUUUCAUCGGGCCCACUAGCGAAUACUAAAGAAAUGAGUGAACAUUCAUUUCAGAGCCUAGAGGUCUGCAAGAAGGCAGCAGAGAGCCUUCAAAUCAUUGCAAAGGAUCUUUUGAGUGAUCUUCGUCCAUCUAGUCGUUUUAGGCGAUCCUACUUUUCGUUCAAAUUGGUGCUUCAACAAAGCAAAAUAGAGAAGUACAAGGCCAGGCUCACUAAUACACCAACAGAGCUUUAA